UGCUGCUCUGGGACAGGCAGCUCGGACGCCCAGCUCCACUGCCCAGUCUGGCCACGGGGUCCCAGGCAGGGGGCAGAGCCAGGCACUCCCUGAUGACCCCUGAGUGGGGUCUAGCCAGCACUAGUGUGACCUCGGUGAUCUCAGUGGAAGCCCAGAAGCCUGUCCCAACCAAGGCUGGUGGAAGGUCAUUGCCAAAGGCUGGUCACCUGCUGGGCACUGCGGCCCCUCCUCCAUGGCCAGCUGCCACCUGAGGCGUGCUGGGACUGACCCGGGCUGAUCCUCCCCCAGGAAGCAGAUGGGGUGCUGGCCCCCGAGCCAAGGAGGCGGGGGGCGGCGCAGCGAGCGUCCGGCGGCCGGUGCCCGGGACCUGGGCCCACGAGGACCCCGGCCGGCUUCCAGCUCUGCCACCCGGCGCCUCUGCUGACCCGAAAUGGAAAACUUCCAGUACAGCAUCCAGCUGAGUGACCAGGACUGGGCUGAGUUUUCGGCCACGACGGAAGAGUGUGGUCUCCUGCAGGCCGGCCUGGCCUCAGGGGAUGAGCUCUUGUCCAGUGACAUUGACCAAGGGGACAGCAGUGGCAGCAGCCCUCCGGGGCCUCCACCCCUUCUCGAGGGGCGGCCGGCUUCUGGGGGGAGGGGCUGGCCCGGCUUCAAGGAGGAGGACGUGGCAGCUCCCCGGCCGCUGGUCAGCAGGUCUUGGCAUGAGCCUGUCUUGGCCCCGGGGCCCAAUCAGCAGACGCCCAGCACGUCCGCACGGUCAGAAGCUCUGCUGUCCCUCGGAUCUGAUGCCACCCCCCAAGGCCAGAGCUUGUCGCUUCGAGGGCCAGUGUCUUCCCGAGGCGAGAUGCAGAGGCUUCUGCAGGGGCCUGCCCCUCAGGGCCCUGACGCUAGUCCCCCUGGUGAGCCUUCCCAGAACUCUGAGCCUCCUGGCUGCACCCCGGCUCCCCAGAGGCCCCCUGGUAGCCCCGGAGCCCCGGCACGCAGCCCUAGCCGAAAGAAGAGGCGCGCCGCUGGGGCCAAGGGGGGCGGGUACCUGAGCACCCCCAGCUCGGCUCCCCCCCAGCAGGGUUCCCCGCUGCCUGCUGAGGUCAGGCCCAAGGAGUGCCUUGGCCUGGCUGUGUCUGGGGGGCAGGGUCUCCUGGCUGGGGCAGCGGAGCAGACCGCAGGAACUGGGCAGGGAGAACGGGGUCUGGAGUCUGCAGGAGCCCCUGCACAGGUGACCCUGCAAGGAACAGAUCCGGAUCUGCCGACACCUGUCCCUGCGACUGAGGAAGGUACAGACCUCCUGAGAAUGGCCCCGGGAGCUGAGCUACACACCACGUCCACACCUGCCUGGGCCACUCGUCCAGAUAUGUCAAUGGCUGAGUCAGAUGUGCCUCUGUCUACACCUGCCUCCAAGCUUCAGCCUGACAUGCCUCUGUCUACACUUGCCUCCAAGUCUAGACUGGGCAUGGACCUGCCUGUGCUGGACCCAGUGGUCAAGCAGGAGGUGGAUUCAUCCACACCUGCUCCGCCGCCUCACCUUGUGUCCAAGGCCCAGCCUGACGUGGGCGUGUCAGCAGCUGUUCCCGCUUCCCAGGCCGAGCCUGACGUGGUGAAGGUGGAGGUUGGCCUAGUGGCCACGCCACGACUGAGCCCUCUUCCGUCUCCAGGAGGACACCGGGAGAAGCCCAGAGAGGAGCCCUUAGCAGGUGCCCCUGGACAUCACUCAGGGGAGCCCCCACCAGGCCGGGUCCAAGCCCCCAGGAAGAAGAAAGUGCGCUUUUCCAUGGCUGUGCCUAGCCCUGAGGGGCCAGGCUCAGGAGAGACCUCAGGAACCCCGUCGCCAGCCACAGCCCGGCCCUCAUCCCCCAGGACAGCCACGGGGGGCCGAGGGGGGCCUGGAGGCUGGGACGCCAUGGCAGUUGGGCCCCGGUCUCCGCAGCCUCGGAUCCUCAAACACCUGCCUCCCCCUUCCCCCUCCACUUCGGUGGGGCCCAGGCCCGGGAGCAGCUUUGCAGUGACCCUCCCAGAGGCCUAUGAAUUCUUCUUCUGUGACACUAUCGAGGAGGAGGAUGAAGGUGCUGAGGAGGCGGCAGAAGCCGACCAGGCCCUGUGUGAAGCACGGUGGCCAGACGUGUGUGAAUUCUUCUUCCAGGACCACGGAGCCCAGAGGCCGGGGCACGGGGGGAGCCACCUUGUGGCCCAGCCCCCACGAGCUGAGGCUGUACGGGCCACUCCACCUGGAGACCCUGUGCCCAUCUCCAUCCCCGAGGCCUAUGAACACUUCCUUGGGGAGGAGUCCCCGGGAGGCACGCCUGAGCUGGCCGCCCUGCUCCAGGUGCAGGCCACAGAGCCCCCCAGCUUGGUGCCCUGGGACAUGGGGCCUGGCAUCCCACCAGAGCCCGGCCCAACCACAGCAGAGCAGCUCAGUCUGGCAGUCAGACAAGCAGGGAGGCUCCGAGAUCCUCUCACCUCUUUGACCCUCAGCCAGAAGGACAUGUGCCUGGUGUUUGUGGCCUUUGCCACCUGGGCUGUGAGAACAUCAGACCUGCACACCCCAGAUGCCUGGAAAACAGUCUUGCUGGCCAACAUCGGCACCGUCUCUGCCAUCCACUACUUCCGCCGGCAGGUGAGGAAGGGACGCCGCAGCCCCAGCCCUAGCCGCAGCUGCAGCCCCAGCUCUUAGAACCCAGGCUUGGUCCAGGAAGACACAGGACAGAGAAAUGGCCAUGGGCACUGAGGACAAGGUGCUGCCCUCAGGUCUUGCCCUUUGACCCCUGUGUUCUACGGCAUCUAGGAAGGAGCCAGUGUUCUUGGUCCUGCUCCCUUGGAUUCCACCGAAGUUCUAACCACUGGCUAAGGCCAAGGCUAUGCUUCACACCUGGGAGGAGGGAGAUUCCGGAAGCCUGGGUGGGUAGGUGCUGAGCAAGGAGCUGGUUAGUAAGGUGACCAGAUAAGCUCAUAAAAAC